AUUGUUAAUUCCUUUUGCGGGGUUUUAAGCAGAAGAAUUCGAACAAGCGGACAAAACACUUCCUCAUGUUAUCAUGUUGGUUGGACUGGUUAUUGACACUAGACAUUUUGUAAGCUAUCAAAGCGCGGGUAGUUUUGUUUAGCAGCAAUUUGUUAUGCCGAUCUCUACCUAUUUUCCGUAUUACGGGUCAUGUCUUUACAUGUCGUGUUCUCUUUUUUCUAAAAACCGUAUUUAAUUGCGAAUUUAUGUUUCUGAGAUGGAAUAUUUUGCGGUUAUCUAAUGCCCAUCAAUAAGAUAAGUUUUCAUUUUUGGAAAGAAGAAUAUAAAUUCGUCAGAGGAAAUCUUAAAAAUGUGCGAUCGUAUUGUUGUUUUAGUUGAUAUGGAUUGUUUUUACUGUCAAGUUGAAACUCGAUUAAAUCCAGCCUUAAAAGGAAAACCCAUGGCUGUUGUGCAAUAUAACCAAUGGCAAGGAGGGGGAAUAAUAGCUGUAAAUUACGAGGCCAGAGCUUUUGGAGUAACUCGUCACUUGAGAGGUAAAGAAGCCAGAAAGAAAUGCCCUGAUAUCGUUCUAGUUUCGGUUCCAUCUGUAAGAGGAAAGGCAGAUAUUAGCAAAUAUCGCGAUGCAGGGCGGGAAGUAGCUGCAGUAUUUUGCCAGUUUACUGAUUGUGUGGAAAGAGCAAGUGUUGAUGAGGCAUAUUUGGACAUCACCAAAGCUGUUGAAGAAAGAAUGUGUUUACUAGGAAAAGGGAAAGUUACACCAAAACAGUUACCAAAUACAUUUGUUGUUGGUUUUUCUAAUGUAGAUUCAAAUGAUGAAGAUAAUAGAGUUGAUGGUUUAUCAACAUGGUUAUCCAGCUUUGAUGAAACAGAACUUAGUGAGCCUGCUGAAGAAAGACUUGCAGUUGGUGGUGUCAUUGUUGAAGAAAUGAGAGCCGCUGUUUUUGAACAGACUGGAUUCAGAUGCUCUGCAGGCAUUGCCCAUAACAAAAUACUUGCAAAAUUAGCAUGUGGACUUCACAAGCCCAAUCGUCAAACAAUUUUACCACAGUCACAAGUACCAGUCUUGUAUCAGACUUUACCAAUCAAGAAAGUUCGAAGCUUGGGUGGAAAGUUUGGCGAUUAUGUAGCUACAGUUUUAGGAUGCACUGUUAUGAGUGAUCUUGCAAAGUUCUCUCUUUCAAAGCUUCAAGAAAAGUUUGAUGAGAAGCAGGGGACUUGGUUAUACAAUAUAGCAAGGGGUAUAGACCUAGAACAAGUCACUCCACGUCUCGUGUCGAAAUCAAUUGGAUGCUGCAAGAAUUUUCCAGGCAACCAGGCACUCUCUACAAAAACUGAUGUAAAACAGUGGCUUGAAGUACUGUCUACAGAGGUCAUGGAACGACUGGCCAAAGAUUAUGAUCAGAAUAAGCGACGUGCAAAAAUGAUUACAGUGUCAUACAGGCAGAAAAAUAAUCCCAAAUCUAUUUCAUCGCGUUGUGGACCACUGUCUUCAUAUGAUGUGAAUAACAUGGCAAAAGAAGCGUAUGAGUUACUUAAAAGCAGUAAUACAUGUCCGCCAGCUGAUGAUAAAUGGGACCCUGCUGUUACUUUCCUUGGAAUAUCUGCUGGGAAAUUCAGCAAUGAGGACAGGACACAAAAUAAGACAAUAAAUUCGUUUUUUAAAUCAAGUGAGAAAAAGCAACACACAGAAGCCGAGGGACAGAAUACAUCUAAAGCUAAUACUGAAAUUAAUAAUAUAAUGAAAGGUAGAACAGAACCACUCACCUCUGUCAGUUACUCAGAUGACACUGAAAGACUGCAUGGCCAUCAUCGAGAUGGAGAGUCCUUUUUUAUGGCUUAUUUUAAAAGGAAACAUGAAAGCAAAUUGAGUAAGGCACAUGGAAGCUUGCAUGUUGUGGACACCAAAUCAGAAAGAUGCAUUGAGUCUCUGACAGAAUUAUUGCCAGGUGAUGAUCAGCUGAAUAGGAAACAGUCAUUAGUGACCACUGAAGAGAGUAGUAAAACUGAAUCUUCUAAUAAAUGUUGCAAGUCAUCAAACAGUAAUCAUGCUGAGAAUAGUGAACAAUGGAUUAGUCCUCAUGAAAUAUUCCCAAGUCUAGAUGAAGCAGAUGAAGAGACAAUAGCACUUUUACCAUCACCAAUGCAAAGAAAAAUAAGACACUCAAUAGGAACAAAUUGUAAAACUUCUAAUAGUGAUGUGGUAUGUGUUGCAGAUACUUCUAGUUCAAAUCACUGUAAAGAUAAGGCUGUAACUUCAAAAAUGCCUGGAAAAACCAACACAGAUGUACAUGACAAGCAAUUUACUGAGGAUUAUGCAACGCCGGUUAAAAAACAAUGUUCUUCAGAUACAGAAAGUAUGAGACAAAACCAGGAGACUGGAAGCAAUUUUCUAGCCACUGAAGUUGGUGUAUCAGGCUUUUCUUCUCAGACUAAUAAUGUAAAACAUCAUAAUGUAGUGUCCAGUAAUGUAGCAAGUGAUGUAUGCCCCCACUGCAAAAGCAUAGUGCUUUUAAGUGAGUAUCCUGAACAUUUAGACUUUCAUUUAGCAGAGAAACUCCAUGAAGAACUGAACAGUGCAACCAGUGUAGCUAGUACAAGUAUGCCAAAUCAAGUACCUAAAACCAAAAUAAAUCUAAAUAAAAGAAAGAAGGGUGGAAAUGUUAGAAACAGUCAGGAUAACAAAACAGUCACCAAAAAGGUUAAGAGUAUAACAAGCUUCUUCACACCCCUAAAGUAAACAAAAGAUUAAUUAACCACAGUGUAAAUACCUCAUACCUAUGAUUUUUUUUAUGUUACAUCCUUCUUGCUUUUAGUUUUAUAUUACAAAAUUCUAACACAUUAUGUGUGACUUCUUUUUUUACAAAUUCUGAACAUUUUAUUAAUGUGUGUGUGUGUGUGUGUGUGUGUGUGUGUGUGUGUGUGUGUGUGCAUGCGCAUGCAGCAGCGUGUAUCUUAUGCAGGUGACAUAUUGCAAUAUUAUUGUGUAUUUUUAUUAUAUUGGGUCACAUAUUUUAUUUACAUAAUGUAUGUUCCAUUUACUGAUGUAAAACUGAUGAUACUUUUUAGUCAAAUUUUUGUGAAUUGUAAUGUGUGUAUGAUCCUUGCAAGAGUGUUAGUGCUCCGUUGGCUCUCCACAGUGGCAAUAAAAUAUAAACAACAAUUAAUGUACGAGAGAUUUAUAGAUAUAUCAUGUUUUGUUUUAUUUGCAUUAAUUUUGAGGGUAUUUAUUAAAGUAGAUUUUGGAGUGAUAAUGUAAGAGAAAAUGGGUGUUCUCAACAUUAAUGACAAAAAUCUUGCUGAAUCCAGGAGAAGUACACAUAAAAGAAUAUUGGCUCUCAGAUAUUCAUAAUGUGUGUCUCUCCCUGAGUAUUACAGGGAAGUGAUUAUUUUAAAGAAGUAAAUACAUGGAGAGACUGUAGUGCUGCUACUGCAUUAUAUUCCUACUGCAGUGCUUAAUCUAAAAGAUAGCUAGCCACUACACUUACGUAAUUAUUUAUGUUACUUGUCAUAAUUUUCUUUUAUGGCCAUGCCUAGUCUUACUUCAUUAUUUAUUUAAAGGCUUUGCUGUUUUACUUUCAAUGUUUUAUAAAAUUUUAAUAAUUUUGUAACGUGUGAAGAGUGUAUUUGUGUAAAUAUAUGAGUGUAUACACGGUGAUAAUUUUGCCAGAUAAAAUCUGUGAUUAAACUGAAACAAGAAUUGUUUCACAUGUUCAGUCAAUAACUGUUAUUUUUAUUACUGUAUGUUUACAAAACACUGCUUUUGAGAAACAAGUGUGUGAUCGAGAACUGUGCUUGUCUGUCUGUGAUAGAUAAAUAUUUAUCUUUUAUAUUCCUAAUAUUAAUUAAAGUGAAUUGCACAUUUUGUGUGUUUUACUUAGUCUUCCAUAUUUUAUCCAUUCAUAAGAUACACAAUAAUUUUCUUUUUUUCCACUUUUAUUUUUCUCACUUAAUGUAGAUGCCUGUGUCACAUUUUGUGCCAGUGUGCUGACAAAUGGUCGGUCACCUUCUAGUGAUUAGCAGUACUUUAAACGAAUUCAGUACAAAGUGCUUUUAUUCUACAUUUAAAUUUUUGAUUUUUUGUUCUGGAAGAAUAUUUGAAUUGUGGGUCCAUUUGUCAUUACAAAAACUUAUGAUAAUGAGGGAGGUGAUACUGAUGAUGAAGAUGAUCAUUUACAAAGCACUGUAUAUAGUAUAGUCUUUCUAGAGUUGCAGUCUUAAGAUACAACUAGUUAAACUAUUAGACUCAUUUGAGCAGCUGCUAGAGGGCUCAUGCGCUAAGCUGAAGUUGGAUUUGAGCAGUGCCUUCUCCCAAUUCUGGCUACUUGGAGUGUAACUUUUAGCUAUUUGAUGAGUAAGUAGCAAGGAAUCAGAAACUGCCUGGAGAAAUUCUUCUAGUGCUCACAAGCUACAAGAUUCGUGCAUGUGCACAGCUGUUUUAAGUUGUAGUGGGGAUAAUCUCCAAAUGACUUGUGUUUACUGUUUCAUUUUCAAAGCUGCUGCAGUAGGUGUGUUGGCAGAAUUUUUGUUUUUACACUUCAUAUC